GCGACCGUCGGAUCUGCUCGUGUAAAAUACAUUCGUGGUACAGACUAGAAAUUAGUUUUCUCGAAGGGAAACUCUGCAGGAUUCCCAGAUAGAAAGAGUUCCAUCACAGCAGCGGUGCCCCAGGCUCCAGACUGACCCAUGCUGCCGUGGGCGCACCGCACAGGACGCAUGAGACUCAGCUGCCAAUCUGCGCGCACAGAGCAGCAACAGACCUGAUAUGGACUUCAGACUGUGAAUCUACAGUUUGUGAAACAUUACGCAGAAUUAAUAACAUGCUGGGGAACACACAGUGAAGUAAACGAGCAGCAGCAGCUUGUUGCAUAGUGUUCACUGUUCCUCCUGCUGUGGGAUUAUUUCUCCCAAAGUGUAAAAUAUCACAAUAUCCGUCAGUUGAAGCUCCGCCCACAGGAAGAUUCAUUCAUACAUUCAUUUUUAAGCACAUUUUGGCGGUAGACAUGCCUACAGUCAGCAGCAGAGAUGGCUCAACGUGCAGUAUAUAUUUACUCUGUGUGUUUGGACUCUUUCAGAGAGGUCUGACAGGUCUGAUAGGAACACAGAGGACUGUGAUGGCAGCUGUCGGAGGAGAAGCUGGUUUCAGCUGUCAGCUGCUGCAGAAUAAAGAUGUUGUUCAGGUCACCUGGAACAAAGUUUUACCUGACAGAGAGGUGACACUCGCUUCUUACACUACUAGAUAUGGUGAAAGAGUGAAUCCUGCCUUUAAAGAUAAAAUAGGGUUUACAGAUGCUGGACUGCAGAACAGCUCCAUCUUCAUCAGAAACGUGACAGAGGAAGAUGAAGGCUGUUAUCUCUGUUUGUUCAACGCCGACCCUGAAGGUUCUCUCACUGGUACAACCUGCCUCCAAGUCUACGAGCUGCAUGGACCCGUUCUCCAUGUGGGAGCAUCAGGCUCUGAGGAGACAGUGGUGUCCUGCUCGGCCACAGGUCGACCUGCUCCCACAGUCACAUUAACUGUCCGGAGAGGCGACGGCCACUUUCCUGGAAACAGCUCCGUCAGUGUGAACAACACCAACGGUACAGUCACCGUCACCUCUACAGCUGUGCUGACUCGUCUCCAUGACAUGGACACAGAGGUUAGAUGUGCAGUGCGAGUGCUCUCUGCUGCUCAGAAAGAGGAGGUCAGGAUCAUUCCUGCUGAAGUCAAACAGUCUGCUGAAGGUUUCCAUGAGGAUUCUGGGAUUGAGAUCACACAUAUCACCAUCAUCACUACACUGUCUGUGGUGCUGGUCUUCUGUUUUGUUGCAGCAGCAGUCAUCACAGUCCUGCUGAUACGAAGACAGAGGAACAGUCGGAGACAAAGAGACUCUGAGGAGUUCAAGAUGUCACCAAAAAGAACUGAACACACUCCAGAGACCAACACACCUGAUAACGAGAACUUGAGGAAACGGACGCCACCUGAGAAAAGGGAAGGAAGUGAAAGCAUAGAACCAUCGCCUGAAACUCGCCGAAAACUAUUUUGACAUAAAAUAACCCACAAGACUGGUGGCAGAAGGAAAACUGCUCUGAAAUACGGUGACAACUGUGUAAAAUCAGUUACAACAUUUGCCGCGCUGCAUUUAUGGACAUGAAUGUGGACGUGACUGAUAUGAUGUGUUGACCACAGGUGGUCGUCUUCAGGUCUGAGUAAAGAAGCGAACACGCCUGUA